AUGAAAUUUGUGCAGAAAAAUAUUUUUUCGAGAUUUGGAUGUCCUAGAGUGAUUAUUAGUGAUGGAGGAACACAUUUUACAAAUAAACAUUUCAGGAAAUUUUUGAAAAAGAAUAGAGUACACCAUAGAGUAGCCAUUCUAUAUCAUCCUCAAAUAAAUGGACAAGCUGAAGUAGUAAAUAGGGAAAUUCAGAGAAUUUUGAGAAAAAUAGUUAGACAAGAUAGGAAAGAUUGA